ACGCUGAUCUGCUGGGACAUUGGUCUUGCGGGGGUGAAGACCCCAAUUCCCCGCAUUCUCCAAAGUUUCCCCAUGUCCGUUUUUGGGCAACACACUUCUGGCCAUCCCGCAAAUUAUAUCUCACGUAGAACUUUGAAACUGCCGUGAAAGGCCUAUGCAGGAGCUCAUGAGAUAAAUGUCAUUUCUCUAAUAUUUUAGUAUGAGCUACUCUGCGCCGUGAGCCUGCUUCCGGAAGGACAUAUCGGAGGAGAAGGGAGACUACUACUAACCAUAUGUGGAGUAAGAUUUAACUCGGUCUGCCCCGCACAUCAACCGUCAUAAAGCUUCCAAUCCCCAACAAUAAGCUUCUUAGGCCCGAUUCCCUCUCAGAAAUUACAAUUGUGCAUCCAUUGGAUCCUUUCCCGCCGCACCAACCCUCUCAAUCAAUGUUGUGCUAAAAGAAACCCCCACUCACCUCAACCACCACCACAACAUCGCCAUCAUGGCCUCAGCAUCAGACCCCCAACAGAGCAUGACCAACAUCCAACCCACCUCCCUCCAAUCCUUCGCCCAAAGACUCCUAGAAGCCAACUCCGUCACCCCCGCCCACGCCACCAUCAUCGCCAAAGCCCUCGUCCUCGCCGACCUCCGCGGCAUCGACACGCACGGCACCCAGCGCCUACCCUCCUACCUCGCCCGCAUCCGCAGCGGUGUCCUCUCCCCCACCGCCGAGCCCGUCUUAAUCCAAACCACCCCCGUCGCCGCACACAUCGACGGGAAGAACGCAUUCGGCUUUGUCUCAGCCCACCAGGGAAUGGAAGCUGCUAUCGAGGCCGCGAAGGUGUAUGGCAUCGGCAUGGUGUCAAUUAGCCACUCCAACCACUUCGGUAUGUCCGCAUGGCUAGUCCAGCAAGCUCUUGAUGCCGGUCUGAUGUCGUUGGUCUUCACGAAUUCGUCGCCGGCGCUCCCAGCCUGGGGCGGGCGCGAGAAGUUGAUGGGUGUGAGUCCCAUUGCAGCGGGAGCGCCGGCGGGUAAGACGAAGUCGUUUAUUCUGGAUAUGGCACCCAGUGUUGCCGCGCGGGGGAAGAUUCAUAAGGCGCUGAGGCGGGGUGAGAAGAUCCCGGGUGACUGGGCACUGGAUGGGGAGGGGAGGCCGACGGAGGACCCCGCAGAGGCGUUGAAGGGCGUUAUGCUACCGAUGGGGGGCCCGAAGGGGAGCGGGUUGGCUGUGAUGAUGGAUGUGUUCUCUGGGGUUUUGUCGGGGAGUGCGUUUGCGGGAGGAGUGACGGGGCCGUAUGAUCCGUCGAAGCCGGCGGAUGUGGGACAUUUUCUUGUGGCGAUUAAGCCUGAUUUGUUUAUGGAUUUGGAUGCGUUUAAGGAGAGGAUGGAUACGCUGUAUCAGAAGGUCGUGGGGAGUGAGAAGAUGGCGGGUGUGGAUAGGAUUUUUUUUCCAGGGGAGAUCGAGCAGGAGACGAUGGAGGGGAGGUUGGCUGGUGGGAUUCCGUUCGUGCAGGCUGAGAUCGAUGCUUUGAAUGCGGAGGCGGUGCUCGUGGGCGUUGAGAAGUUGGAGGUAUAGAUGGUAUAGGUUUGAUGGAAGUGAUGUGAAAGAGGUAUUCGAGAGGAGGCUUUCGGAGCGACGUUUAUAUCUAUCGUUGUUCAGUAAUAAUUAAUGAAUCUAUACUAUUUAACUG